AUGGAGCCCGAGGCGGCAGUGAUGGCGGAGAAGGCAGCUCUGCGCACCCCCAAGUGCUCCCGCUGCCGGAACCAUGGCUUUGUGGUGCCAGUGAAGGGCCAUACGGGUCACUGCCGCUGGAAGCUCUGCCCCUGCGACAAGUGUGCGCUCAUCACAGAGCGCCAGAAGAUCAUGGCGGCUCAGAAGGCGAUGCAGGGGCAGGACCCGGAUGGCCCACCCAGGGAGACAUCUCCGCCUGCGGCCUGCACCCCGGUUCAUGGUAAAGGUCGGAAGGUUCCUGCAGUUGGCCCCAACGCCUCUGAACACAGCAGCCACGUGGCCGGGUGUGAAGGAGCCAAGACCGCCCCAGCAGCCAGCAGCAGCAACAGAACCAGGACCCGCCGGGCACUACCUGCUCCCAGCUCCCCGCUCUUUGGGGACUUCGCCCGUCCUGCUUUGCCUCAAGAAUGUGUUGUCAGCCCGGAAUACCUGGAGAGAGAACCUCCCAAACUGUAUCCCGGGUACUCUGGUAUGUACUCAUACCACCCAUUCCCCAUGGGCUUUGCCAUCAAUCAGCCAAGCUGCAGGGGAGCUCCAGGGAUCCCCCUUCAAAGAGGUUUCAGACAUGUCCCUAGCAACCAUGGACCAGGGAGUGCUGCUCCUCUGUCAAUGCAAGAUGCAGGUGGAGAUUUCCAACAAGGUUACUACCCUACGCUUCCUCAGUUUAUACCUCCGGGCUUUCUGCCAGGGAUUCAUUACAUUCCACCACCCCUUCCACUUCUGGCUGAAACACCCAAGGAAGCAUCUGCUGGCACCACUGAUAGCCGGGAUUCUGGGGUGAUUUGUGAAUGCAGCCAGCCAUCUCCUCAGGAAGAAACCAAUGGAGACCAUGCCACGUAUUCUAAACAUUAA